UUGAGAAAUGCUCAGUUGGAGUCGACCACGCCUUAAUUGUUAAGACGCAUUGGGAGAGUUUAGACGUUUGCUGUGUGAUUUGGUGUUUUGUAUAAGAGAGAAAAUAAAAGGUGUGAUAACCAAUCCGAGUGGAUCCGAGAUUGAUUAUCAACCCCAACCUAUAUAAAAUAACAAAUCCCGAGGAAAUUGGAUACUUCUCGAGGAGAUUGGAUACUUCUACUACUAAAUGGCAAAGGAACAGAUUAUCAAAGAAAACACCAACUGCUAAGGAUUCGCCGCCACGAUGGUUAGAGCUUGGAAUAGCUGCUGAUUACUCCGUGGUAGAUUUUCAUGGAAUUCGAGUACAGCAAUAUACCUUGGCUCUUUUAAACAUCGUCAGUGCAAUUUACAUGGACCCGUCGCUCGAAUCCAACAUGAUUCUAGUGAUCGUACGAAUGAUUUUAUACGCGGAAAAACGAGACGUUAUGGUCCGCCGUGGCGAUGCCAGACGAUCUCUCGAGAACGUGAACAAAUGGAACAGAAAGAUGCUGUCCUCGAAGGACGUAAAUCACGAUGUUGCUGUAUGGUUGACGCGAUUAGAUAUAGGAGGUCCUUCCGGUUACGCACCUGUGUCCGGAGUAUGCUAUCCCGCGAGAUCGUGCGCGUUAAAUCGAGACGAAGGCUUGACCAGCGCCUUUAUCAUCGCUCACGAAGUAGCACACAUGUUGUUCGCGAACGAAAGGGAAUCGUCUCGAGAAAGAAAAAUCGCUUAUAAGUAUUUGAGCACAUCGAAUUUUCAACGGUCGUGAGAAUUUGCCUAAAUCAAGAUGAGAAGCCCGAAUGUGAAUGUGAAGGCAAACUAUGGCGAGCUUCAAACCGUCAUAGAGGAAAGCACAUCGGGCGAAGAGGAAGAGGAAGGGCGAAGGAACGAGUCGCCUCCGCGUUGCAUGGAUCCCGAUUUGACACCCUUAAAUCCUCAUCUAUUGUCUCCCUGGCAAGAGGUCAGGAAACGCUCUCUACCGACUCCGCAAUGUACUUCCGGGAUAACCGCAUCACAGGUACUGUCUGAUGGUCAUAUCGAGAAGAACAUACUUGCUUACGGGCCACAUCCCCUUUCUUGAUAAUGUACUUUUAGUGUAUCCUGUUAGCUUAACAAAACAUAACGUUGUCCAACGUUUGCAUAUGUUGGGAAUAUGAUACAUUUACACUGUACAUGUGAAUGUGUGUGUAAGCGUCAGAGGACGUCCGGGUCUUGGUUGAGACAAAAGA